UAGUAGUUUUAACUUUUAACGCAUAAACCCAGGCAGAUGAAAUUGGAUUUGGGGGAUUAGGAGUGUAUGCACUGUGCGUACUGCGUGCUCGAUCGUAAAUUUCAUUUGAAUUUGAAAUUUUCAAUCUUGCCAUAAUUUCGAUGCAGCAACAGUUAAAGUUACAAUAACAAUAUGCAUCAACACAAGGUGCUUCCGAAGAGAAUAAUACUGGUGCGGCACGGCGAGUCGCACGGUAACCUCGACACGGCGGCGUACACCACCACUCCCGACCACAAGAUCGAUCUAACGCCCACCGGAAUCGCUCAAGCGCAGAAUGCCGGGGCAUGCAUCCGUGCAGCCAUUGCCUCCGACUCAUCCUCCCCGAACUGGCGCCUGUACUUCUACGUGUCGCCCUAUGCGCGCGCCAGAUCCACGCUCCGAGAGUUAGGGCGCUCGUUCUCGAGGGCGCGCGUGAUAGGCGUGAGGGAAGAAUGCCGCAUUCGGGAGCAGGACUUCGGGAACUUCCAGGAGCGUGAGCGCAUGGAUUCUAUCAUGGAGACUCGGUUACGAUACGGCAGAUUCUACUACCGCUUCCCUGAGGGCGAGUCCGCCGCCGAUGUCUUCGAUCGCGUUUCCAGUUUCCUUGAAUCUCUGUGGAGGGACAUUGACAUGAAUAGGCUCAAUCAAGACCCUUCCCAUGAUCUGAACCUGAUAAUUGUCACACAUGGGCUAGCAUCCCGUGUUUUCCUCAUGAGGUGGUUCAAGUGGACGGUUGAACAGUUUGAGCUUCUGAGCAAUCCUGCAAACUGUGAGAUCCGCAUCAUGCAGUUGGGUGCUGGUGGAGAAUACAGCUUGGCAGUCCAUCAUACGGAGGAAGAACUGCUUCAAUGGGGGCUCUCUCUUGAAAUGAUAGCUGACCAGAAAUGGCGAGCCCAGGCAAACAAGGGUGCCUGGAAUGAUCAGGUUCCAGUGUGUCUUAAUGCAUUUUUUGAUAACCUUCCUGAUUCUGAUGAUGACAAUGUAGACCUAAAUGAGAUUAAAAAUUCCCCAAUGAACAAGAAGAAAAUGAAGAGGAAGGAGAUAAGGUGACAAGAUCGUGCUUUACUUAUUGCUGACAGUAACCAGCUCUGUUCAUCACAUUCAUCAUUAUGAACUUUACAUCCAACUGGAAGCUUCAAAUAUACUGAAUCUAAUGAAUUGAUAAUAUAUUAGAUUAUAGAUAAGGCUUGAAGCAUUCUUAUAUAGUGAAGGGAACAAGGUUGCUUUGCACGCAUGCAUUAUGCAUCCUGUUUUCCAAAUCAUGUUAUGAUAGAAUUAGAACUUAGAAGAGUCUGCAUAGUAUUUGUUCAUACAAAGAGCGAAAAUUGUACUCGGACCUUUAUACACAAAGUUUAUGAAUAUUGCAGACGCCCAUCCUAUCCCUUAGGAAUUUAUUUUCUU